GACGUCAGUAAAACGCCGCACGUGAAACAUUAGCGGAUUUGACAGCGACAUGCGUUUGGUGAGCGAUAAACGAGACUGAUAACCAGUCGCGACCUGAACGUCUGUCUACGUGGCCCUCGCAAACAACUGUCUCUGCGUGUUCUUCUUUUCUCCAACCAUGGCAGCACAUAGGAUGCCGUGCGCUGUAAAGGUGUGUGCAGAGCUGAGCAGCGCAGCCCAUGACUGUUUGAUCGUGGUCGCCGAAAGCCUGCAGUGCUUGAGUGGAGAGCUGGCAUUCCUAGGCACUGCACUCACUACCCAAAGAGAGGUGGACAAGAGUGUUGAUAAUGCGUUGACAGUACUGAGGCUGGAGAAUAUAUCAGGAAAGAGAUUGGUGUACUCGCCUACAGGUCCUGUCAAUAGGGACUAUGAUGAUGUCCGGAGAUAUUCGGAAGCCGCCACUAGCGCUACCAAGCGCGCACUGGCCAUGGGCAGUGUGCGCCCUCUACUGGUGGUGCCUAGCAGCAGUGCUUUCAAGCAUGCCAAGCUUAUGUCUGUACUUGGGGCUUUGCAUGCGCUGUAUGUGCCAUUAGAGGUACGUGAGGCCGUUCCAACGAGGGCCAGCAAGGUUAGCUGUCUAGGGGUCUGGACAUCGGUCAGUGGGAAGGAAACACCAGAUGGUCUGGUCAAGCUCAUUACUGCAUUGGAGAGUGGAAGGGGCGUGGCGCGUGACAUUGGUGGUUCUGACCCCGAACGCAUGGCGGCGCCACGUGUCGCGGAGUACGUCCAGCAGCUAUUCAAGGGGUCUUCAGUCAGUGUCAAUGUAGUGUCGGAUGUCAAUGAAAUAGAGCGGGACUUCCCACUACUGGCCGCUGUCAACAGGGCGACCAAAGGUGUGCCUCGGCACCAAGCGCGGCUCAUACAGAUGGAAUACACUGGAGAGGGCGCCACUGACCUCACCCUGAUGCUCGUCGGAAAGCGCGGUACAUCCCACUACUGGCUGGGAGAUACCAACCCCCAAUACGACACUUCUAUCCCACAGACGCUGAACGUGCUGAGGCCGCGCGGCGUCCGGGUGAUCGGAGCGAUGUGCAUGGUGCGUAACAGCGUCGGGUCUGAGUGCUACGUCGCCGACGAGCUGAUGGCCUCGCGCGCGGGCAAGCGCGUGCGCGUCGGCAACACGGACGCGGAGGGCCGCAUGGCGAUGACCGACGUGCUGUGCUGGAUGAAGGAGCGAGCGACGAGCGAGGGCCUCGUCACAUUUACGAUCGCGACGCUGACGGGCCACGCGGUGCGCGCGAUGGGCCCCAACUACAGCAUCGUGAUGGACAACGGUCCGGCAAACAGGGACGGCGUCGCCAGAAAGCUGUUCAAUGCAGGAGAGGAAUUCGCUGAUCCGUUUGAGAUAUCCACCAUCAGACGCGAGGACUACGAGUUCAACAAGGGCAAGGCUGAGUAUGAGGAUCUAGUGCAAGCUAACAACGCUCCGUCGACGAUGACGGCGCGAGGUCACCAGAUUCCCGCAGCGUUCAUGAUCGAGGCAUCCGGCCUGGAGAAGCAUGGUAUAGAUUCCGAGAAACCCUUACGGUACUCCCACAUCGACAUCGCGGGAUCGAGUGGCCCGUUUCCCGGCAUUCCCACUGGGGCUCCUCUACUUGCCCUUGCUAAUGCAUUCCUGUUGGAUCGCGUCACGUGCGACUAGAAAAAAUAGUGCCUGUGGUUCUGCAUGCACUUAGGGGAUAGUUGGCAGUGGAUUCUGAUGGUUUUCAAAAUCAUUGUUAACCGAGUACGUUUCUGCAAAAAAGUCGACAUAAACUAUAGAAUGGCAAGUAUAGAGUAUAAGUGCAUAGUCUGCACACUGAAAUGAAUUUACACAGGACACUAAAAUUACUAUAACUGUAUUUCUACAUGGAGUAAGAAAAUAUCAGAUUAACUGUGAAGUUUGCUGAUAGCUGCUAGGUGAGACGAAACUAGUGGCAAGUUUCGUGGAAUGCAGCGCGACUUCUGUUGUUCAAACCAAGUAAAGUUCUUGCGAACACAGUGAUAACAGUAAAUUUGGAUUGAAAUUCAUAUUUCGAAAAAAAUGUGUGCAUAAUUAUAUACAUUAUAUAUAUAUAUACACAUAAAUAUAUACAUAUUUAACUUGAUGAAGGCUUCGAAUAAUGCAUAUCUAGUAUGACUAAGCUGAUUCUAUGCUACUCAUAACACUAUCAUGUGAUGUUAUUGCAGAGAUUAACUGCUUACAAAAGAUUUUUCUACAAAUGUAGGAAAUAAUGUUUGUAUUUAGGAUAACAAAAUUUCUUAAUAAACUGUCUGCUCCAUGGUUCCCA